GCUAAAUCGGCGAGUUUGACGAAGAAGAUUUUGGAGAGUAGAGAGUUGGAGAGGCAGGAGUUGGAGAGGAUGGCUGCAGGGAGGACAGAAGAGGAGGCGAAGAAAUCGGGGGUGGGCAAGAAGAAUGACCCUGCGAAGAAGGCUGCUCCGGCUAAAAAGGAUGCUCCUGCGAAGAAGCAGGCAAUUACGACGGAGAGUGAUGCGGCCAGCAAGCAACCUGUUCCGAAGAGCGGACCUAAAGUCAAGGAUGAGCCGAACGUCAAGCAGAAGGCGAAGCUGAAGAAAGAACCUGCUGUCAAGAAGGAGCCCGCCGUAAAGAAAGAACCCGCUGUCAAGAAAGAACCCGCUGUCAAGAAAGAACCAGCUGUGAAAAAGGAGCCUGCCAUCAAAAGGGAACCAGCCAUGAAGAAGGAGCCUACUGUCAAAAAAGAACCCGGCGUCAAAAAAGAGCCAGACACCAAGAAAGAACCAGCCGCGAAGAAGGAGCCUGCUAUCAAGAAAGAACCCGACGUCAAAAAAGGACCAACCAUAAAGCGAGAACAUCAAAACGACAUCGAAAGUCACACUCCCAGCUUUGUAGCAAAUGCCUUCUACAAUCUUACAUGUCCUGCUAUCUCUGAAGAUUGGCCAUAUCAGAGCCAGGGGAUGAACCUCCGCCUCCGAGGCGAUCACGACAACGGCUGUCUUUGGGGUAACUUACAAUCUUUUGGCCCCUGGUCUGGAAUCAUCUGCGUAGACGUACAACAUGGACUUUUCUUCGGCACGGAGCUACAGUUCCGCUGGCGUAUGCGCGAUGACGAUACAGGCGAGCUGCUCUUCCGGCGCGACCAGCUCGGCGUGCUGAUGUUCUUCGCCGAUGGAGAUAUGCAAGGUCGCAUAUACGGAUUGCAUGGAGAGGAGAUGGUCUUUUGGGGAACGCGGCGGAUUGGCCCGGCUGGUGGUGGGACUGCGCAGCAGUUCAAGGCGGAGUGGGAUGGGUUCGUGCAGCAAGCUUAUGGGGGGGAGAGGGGUUGGUGAAACUGAAAUCAUGAAUAUAUAAAAGCUUUGGCGGUACUUUCAAAAGUACAUUAAAAGCAUUCUCACGCUGAUAAGGAUGUCGAUAUGGAUACUGAAGGCGUCAAUAUGGGGACAUGUACGUGUCAUACACAAGGUCGCGGGAUUGGAAAGGUCGGUAUGUUUAGAUCAAGCGGUAAUGCCUUGUACAAAGUCGAUAUUUUGUAUCAAAGGUGUGUGAUAAGUAUGAGCAUAGUUUUUAGCCCUCCCAUUCUUGAUUCUAGCUUCUUUCAUACCAUAAACUUCCUAGUGCAGCCUUUUUGCAUAGCUUCAUCAAAACUCCGAAAACCUCGAGCC